UUCCUCCCACCUCUGUGUCUCUCAUACUCAUGUCUUUACAGUUUAGAAUCCUUCCAACGUUAAUCUCAUUCAUGCUGCCUUGUUUUGCCUUUUUUGUGUCAUCUACACAGCCGCUAUAUUCAAAUCCACCAUUCAUUUCAGGUCAAGAAUCAUUCAGGAAUGCCGCACAUAAGCUGAACCGGCCCCUGGUGGGGGAUGAUGGAAGGGUCUACGCGUGCUCGGGGAGGAAUUUCUUUGCCUUUGAAAGCAAUGGUUCAAUUGCGUGGAGCGUAUCGCUUAACUAUAAAUGCAGUGCCAAGAUUGCUCCUGUUAAUGGAGGUUCAAGAAAGAUAUAUGUGGUUGCAGAGGAUAGAGUGCUGAAAAUCAACCCCCUAAACAUUGGGGGUUCUGAAUCUGCUGUGCAAGUGUUUUUUGGCCCGAAACAACCGGGUGCAGAAACGCCAGGAGAGAUUGUUGGCAUCGCUGUGAGCAUAUCCAGUUCUCGGGUUCUCAUCACUGUCAAGAAACGAGGGCUCUUCGCUUAUAGGCUGCACGGGAAACUGGUGUGGAGUGCUGGCCCCGUGCUUUACCAACAUGGAUUUCGUCUAGGCUGCAGGAAAAGCCUUGCAGAUUGUUACUUCUUGUCUGCUCCUGUGAUUGAUCAUUGUGAAGCCAGUAUUUAUAUUUUGAAUAAUUGGGGAGAGCUGUAUGCUUUGUCUACCACCACUCCUCAUUUCCUAUGGAUCCAGGACUUGAGCUCAUUCGGGAACAUAUCUGCAAUUACGCCUGGAAAUAAUGGUCUGGUGUAUAUCACUGUCCCGGAUAGAGCUCUUAUUCUAGCCCUAGAUGUUUCGAGGGGGAAUAUUUCGUGGCAGGGAAGCGUUGGACCGUUGAGCACUGCAGAUUACGCCCCCGUUGUUGAUUCUAAUGGUUGGAUCUCGGUGGGAUCAUUGAAUGGCUUCGUGUAUUCCUUUUCACCACAUGGGGUUGUCAAGAAGUUCCCUCGAGUGGCUGACCGAGCCUCUGUGAUUCAAGUUAGUCCUAUUCUGGACUGCUCGGGUUAUGCACUCUAUGUUUCUCAGACAGAAAUGGAUGGAAAGGUUAGCCAGAUAAUUGGGGAUUAUACUUUCAUCACAGCUAUGAAUCCAAGAACUGUUGCCUUCACAAUGCUUGUUCCAGCCUCGGGAUCUUUGUUAUUCUCUGAGAAAUACCCCGGUCCAUUCUCGUCGAGGCUGGUUGAGAGUGAUCUAAGGCGUUUCGUUUGCGAUGAACAGAUCAUUCUGGCCUUUUUUGCAGCUUCGAGGAUUAAUAACCCCUUCCAAUGCAUCAGCACGCGUCAGAAGUUUGCAGUUAGCUGCUCACAGAUCACACCAAAAAGCAUCAAUAUCUAUACUGGUAACGAGAGGGCAGUCGUGUUGUUUCUGUCAUUCGAAACAACUUUACUAGUAGUUCUAGCAGCACUGGUGAGAUUCUGCUGUGUUUUCUGGAACAAGAAGAAGCUCCAAGGCCAAGAACUUGGAAAAUUCCUGGAAAAGAGACAUUCUCUUCAGCUCCAGAAGAAGGCAUUUGACAGGACAAUAUCAGAACUGGAGCAAAAAGCUGCAAAUGAAGUUGCAGGAGCUGAGGUGAUAGAGCAGCUGGGAGAUCUGGUGAGGGAGAGGGGAGGCGUGGAGAGGAAGCUCUCGACAACGUAUAGUUUGGGCAGAGACGAAACCGGGCUGCAAGGAUCCCUGCUGCCUUUGUCUGACAGGACAACGCGGAGCUUCUCUUUUCGAGAUGCAAACAAGGAGAGCAUCACUGUGUUUCACACUGCAGACAGUACUGAGUCUGAUCUUGGUGAAGCAUGGAGUUGCAGCGACGAAGAUGAUGAGGAGGACGAGGACGAGGAGAUUGGCGAAGAAGAGUACGAGGCUAGUCCUUCGAGCUCGGGCUCGAGCUCCAAUGGAGGUUUGAGUGCUUCAUUUGAUGGCAUUGAGGAUGCAGGGAUUGUCCCUGCAGCAAAAGCAGUCAUCAAGUAGUUAAAUUUUAAACAAUUGUGUAUUUUACAUAUUUAAAAAAUAGGUAAAUUUGAACACUUGUUAGUUUAAGAUAGAAAAUAAAAUUUUGAAAUGAAAGAUGGCAAUCUUUU